AUGACCCAAGGAGAGUUUGGACAGCAGUUCCGCGUCGAGGCAGCGACUGGUCGAGAAAACCACCCGACUUGGCACCCCGGAGAAGAACUUUGGCGCAGACAAUAUAUAUUUGAGUUGGAGGACUCUAUAGGACAACUAGCACAGGCAAUGACACCCACCUCCUUCCAAGUCCUGAAGGAUGAUACGCCGACCGUCAUGGACCCUGGUCAAGGGGUGUACUGGACCGCUCAAUGGGAUCUCUCUGACGACACAAGCGCUUCUACAUGUUGGGAUUUCACAGACUUCGAGGCAUCCAUUCUGUGUCCGCAGACCUUCCACUUUUAUCAGCCAAGUCUAUAUGACACAACGAAUUCUCUGAGGACUGAGGAGGAAUGGACUGAACAAUACAUGCCAGAUUGUACAGGGUAUAGAAUGGGCAUUCCAACUGGGCGAAUAGAAACUGAGACACUUGUAUAG